AUGCAGCGGCCGAGCCCGGCUGCGGCCGCGGCCCCGGGCCCGGCUCCGGGCCCGGCCGAUCCCCGCGCGGCGGGCGAGCCCGAGGUGGGGGAGCGGCGCGGCCGGUCCUCCCCGGAGGCGGCGUCGCAGGGGGACGGCGGCGCGGCGCCCCCUGCCGGCGACCGCCCGCCCCGGGACGGCGGCGCGGCGCCCCCUGCCGGCGACAGCCCGCCCCCGCGGCCCGCCGCGCCGCGGGCUCCGGGGGAAGGGCGCGGGGAGGAGCGCAGCGCUUCGCACAGCACGGCCUGCGGCAGCCCCCGCGCCCGACCCCGGCCGGCCCGCAGGCCCGUCGCCGUGGACAGCUCCAAGGCCAGGACCUCCCUGGAGGCGCUGAAGAUCAGCCUCAGGCAGCUCAACUGGAGGGAGUUUCCUUUCGGCCGCCGCCAGCCUUGUGAUAUCUACUGGCAUGGAGUUUCAUUUCAUGAUAAUGAUAUCUUCUCAGGUCAAGUGAACAAGUUUCCAGGCAUGACAGAGAUGGUGCGUAAAAUCACCCUGAGCCGUGCAGUAAGAAUAAUGCAGGAUCUGUUUCCGGAGGAGUAUAACUUCUAUCCUCGUUCGUGGAUUCUGCCCGACGAGUUCCAGCUCUUUGUGGCUCAGGUGAGAAUGGUGAAAGAUGGGAACCCCUCUUGGAAGCCCACUUUCAUUGUAAAACCUGAUGGUGGUUGUCAAGGUGACGGAAUCUACCUCAUUAAAGAUCCCAGUGAUAUUAGAUUGACAGGCAACCUCCAGAACAGGCCGUCUGUGGUCCAGGAGUACAUCUGUAAACCUCUCCUCAUCGACAAGCUGAAGUUCGAUAUUCGACUGUAUGUCUUACUAAAGUCUUUAGAACCAUUAGAGAUUUAUAUAGCCAAAGAUGGACUCUCUAGAUUUUGUACAGAACAGUAUCAGGAGCCUAACCUCAAAAACUUGCAUCAUGUAUUUAUGCACUUAACCAACUAUUCCCUGAACAUCCAUAGCGGGAACUUCAUUCAUUCUGACAACGUAAACACGGGGAGCAAAAGGACCUUCUCCAGCAUUCUUUAUAGACUUUCUUCCAAGGGGAUUGACAUCAAGAAAGUAUGGUCUGAUAUCAUUUCCUUGGUGAUAAAAACAAUCAUUGCCCUGACUCCAGAGCUCAAAGUUUUCUACCAGUCUGAUAUUCCAGCGGGAAAGCCUGGACCAACGUGCUUCCAGAUUUUAGGUUUUGACAUUCUGCUAAUGAAAAAUCUGAAGCCGAUGCUCCUUGAAGUGAAUGCAAACCCCAGCAUGAGAAUAGAACAUGAACAAGAGCUUUCUCCAGGUGUGUUCGAAACUGUCCCGAGCCUGGUAGAUGAAGAAGUUAAAGUGGCUGUGAUCAGGGAUACUCUCCGCCUAAUGGACCCACUUAAGAAGAAAAAAAGUGAUAAUCACUUUCCAGAUAUUUUUACGGACAGAAAACACAGAUUUCCACCAGUUUCUGGCAGAGUGUCACCAUCGAAGCUUCAUUUUUCACAGCUUUCUGUAGUCAGAUCUCAGCACUUCGAGAAACCAUUAGAAACCAGAGAGGAACCGGAAUCAGAUUUAACCAAACAUUUGGGUCAGGAAAGAAGCCUGGAUCCCGAAGCCAACUUACCCUCUAUUUGCCUCAAGCAAGUCUUCCCUAAGUAUGCGAAACAGUUCAGCUAUCUACGCCUGGUGGACAAGUUGGCCGCUUUGUUCAUCCGAUUCCUUGGGAUAAAAGGGACGACGAAGUUGGGACCGACGGGUUUCCGAACAUUUAUCAGGUCAGUGAGGAACUGCAGGCUGAGCAGCAGCAGCCUAACAAUGGCUUCCAUAGAUAUUCUGUAUAUUGACAUAACAAGGCGGUGGAACAGCAUGGGACUCGACCACAGAGACUCAGGGAUGUGUCUGCAGGCCUUCGUGGAAGCUUUCUUUUACUUGGCCCAGAGGAAAUUCAAGGCACCACCCCUUCAUAAGCAAGUGGCCUCCCUGAUUGACUUGUGUGAACACCAUCUGGCCCUGCUAGAUGAGAAGAGGCUGGUCUGCAGCCGAACUAUCCCAGAACGCCGGGUGACAUUCGGCGCUUGUCGUCAGGAGGGGCUUUCUCUGACUCCAGUGGUGACCACCCCUACCCUCCCAACCCGGGGAAACGCUGCUGCCAAGAAACUUCCAUAUUACCGACAUCCUCCCUUUUGACUAGUCACUUUCCCAUCCAGGAAAACCAACAGGAAAGAGAGAAAGUGGAGUGUAGGCUGGAACCACAUUCCUGUCCACCUGCUGCAAGUGGUGGGACCCAGUAAGUUCUUCCAUCAGAUAUCCACCUUCACUUACUACAGGCCUGUCUAUCGUAUGUUCUUCCAAAAUGGCGACCGCCGACAUGCCUUGCACACAGAGACUCACCGCGGUCCGGUCGCUAGCAAUUGAUUUGUCAUCGAAAGUACAAUUCACCUGACAUGACCCAUAGCAUCUUUUAUUGCUUAAUGUAUGGAAAAUCCUUUCUGAAGACCAAGUGGGAAAAAUCAUAGUGUUUGAAUAAUUGACAACAAGGGGUGAGAGCCAUGGAGGAGAAAAAUCACCUGAGCCUGCAUAAUCUUGCUUUUGGACAUCUGGGAUUGGAAAUCAAGUUCGCCUGUGUAAAACGGCAGUUGCUUUUUUGACACAAACAAACCACCCGAUUGACGUGCUUGAUCGAAUUGCUAAGACUCUGGAAUGUUGGUCUAUUUUAACAGCCAGACACCUAGAGUACAGAGGAGACAACCAUCUGAACAACGUGUCUUUUCAAACUCCCCGGAAUCCUGAAUCAUGGACACCCUCCCUGUCCUGAGGUUCCCUUACAAGACAAAGUGGACAAGAUCUAUUGAAGCAUCAGGUCAAGUGCAGGGAAAGAAACUGAAGCAACAUCAGUCUGACCCUGGAUCCUUUGGCUGUAAUGGGAUGAUUGACGGAUCUUGCUUAAUCAACAGGCCUGAGUGGGGAAAAGGGGGUGACCGGGGGAGGACGUACCCUUGUGCAUUGAAACAAUCCCGUUAGGCCUUUUAGAAAAGGAGGACAGACCAACUCUUCAUUCCAAUGCAUUGUUUAUUUUUUCC